CCGCCAAAGAAGCGCGGUUUUAUAGCCACAAUAUUUUCAAAUUUGAAUUUUUAUUUGCAAGAUAAUGAGAGUUAUCACAAAAGCUACAAAGUGCAAAUGUAUAAAACGACAUACGAUUUGAUUAUUCCAAGAGAGGAGUGUUGAAUAACAGCGUAUUCCGUAGGAUGACGGAUCGUAGUGCGAAUACCGCGAGACAUUCCGCUAGCGCAGCCCUGGCGGACAUCGCCCCAGUUGCCCCUUCGGAUCGAGCGGUUGCGUAGUCACGACUCGCGACCGGAGCCUCUGAGUCCCAUUUACUUUUUUAUAAUCAGUGUGUUCCUAAAGUGAAUUUUAAAAUAACAAAAACAAUAUAAAGUCGAUAUCCUGUCAUAUGUGUUAUCUCAAGCUUUUCUAUAAUUCCAUGUCUAGCUGUGCACAAAAUGGAAGAUUCCUACAUUAUCGCUAAUUUCCACACGCUAUGUCGACUGUGUCUGAACAAAAGUACAUUCUCGACAUCGAUAUUCGCAGCUGCGCCUGACGACGAAACUAAUGUUUCUUUAACCUCUAAACUAGCUGAAUGUUUCGAGUUGCAAAUUGAUCCUAAUGAUGGGAUGCCCAACAGAAUCUGCUAUAAAUGCUUGUUUAAAGUCGAUAAGUGCUCAAAAUUCAAACUCCAGUGCAUUCAGAAUGAAACAAGGUUGAGGCAGAUAACAACAAGAGUAAAUGAGCUAGACAAUUCCAACUCUUCAGAACUCAGCAGUUACAACUAUGGAUCUCAUUCUCAAGAUGGACAAAAACCAAAACCUGAGGAUUAUAUUGUUGAAGACAGUGUUGUGAUGGUUGUUGAUCCCAGCCUUGACUAUGACUCCUCUGAGGAAUCUGAAAAUAUGGACCCUGUAGAACCAGAAGUAGUGGAAAGAAAUAACACUCCAGAUGGAGAGCCAAUGGCUGAAUCUUUUUUCAAGAAUGUGUUUAUGUGCCAGUUCUGUGAUCAAGCUUUUGUUUCUCAAGAAAAAUGUAAAGAGCAUGAACAUAAUUGCCAUGAUCCCAAUUUACCAUAUAGAUGUGUUGAGUGUAGUCUAGUCUUUGCUGAGCGCAGUCAAUAUGUACAGCAUACUAAGCAAGUACAUGGUAAUGAUAAACCCUACCAUUGUCCAGAAUGUGAUAAAUGUUUUGGGAGGCGCUCGGACUUGCGAAAGCACUCCAUCGUCCACACUGGCAUUAGGCCAUACCAAUGUCAAUAUUGUUUGAAAAGCUUCUCCCGUAAUACUAAUCUUAGUAAGCAUCUUCGUAUUCAUGCAGGACAUAAGCCUCAUGUGUGCCCACUCUGUCCAAGGAGUUUCGUGGCAAAAGGAGACUUACAGCGCCAUGUGCUUGUUCAUUCAGGAAUGAAGCCUUUUGCCUGUAGGAAAUGCCCUUUAACAUUUGGUAGAAGAGAUAAACUUAUCAAGCAUGAAAUGCGACAUGGCCCCAUGAGCCCAAACAAAACAAAUGAUUUUGACAAUGAACAUGACUCACAUGACAUGGUUGUGAAUGUGAAUCCCUUUAGCAACCUCAUGACCUCACCUACUCAGCUCCAUCCAGAUUCAUCAAAUACUGAAUAUGAUUUACCUCGUGUCCCAGAUCAUAUAUCAGGUGAGAGCAGUUUCAUGAAGGUACAGAAAAAUACAUCUGCCUCAAAUAAGCCUGCCCAACAUUCCCCUUCAAAACAAAAAGCGGCUGCAAAUAAAAACAGACCUAAAAAUAUAAAGUGUCAUCAGUGUCCUAAAAGGUUUAGUUCUUUAGAUUCUUAUAAAACUCAUGUGUCUAUUGCACAUAUAGGAUCCAGGGUCUUCCAAUGCAAAAUUUGUUUCAAGAAGUUCCCUCGAAAAAGAGAGUUAGAUCGCCAUGCAGCUCUCCAUUCAGGCAUGAAACCUUUUUCAUGCAACCAAUGUGAUAAAAAGUUCACUAAGAAAGAUAAACUUGAUAAACAUGAGCAAACCCAUGAAUGUCUGGUUGUGAAUAUGCCUUGCAUAGAAUGUGGUGCCACAUUUGAAAAGAAAGCUGAUUUAGUUGCUCAUAUUAAAUCACAUUUUACUGAAAAUUUUGAUGAUAAGAUGACUGAAGCUGAAAUUAAAAAAGAAGAAGAUCCAGAAUUCAAUUUAGAUGAUAACUUCUAUGACCUUGAAACUUGAGAUUUUGAAAUUGUUGUCAAACUUAUGUCAGAAUAAUCCUUGGCACUGCAGUGUAAUCUAUUGUUCACUUGCUUAGUACUUAAUAGAUAGGUAUGUAAUAAUAAUGUAGAGGAUAAAGUGGGGGCUUUUACACUGAUGUAUGUUAAUUAUGUGACGUCUAAAUCCUGUGAAUUAGUUAAACAUUUUAAAAAUAAGUUAUACAUUUCACCUUCUCAUAUUGAGGAAUAAAUUAGCCAAAAAUUAUGUUAAUGUUUAGUUUUAUGUUAUUGUUAAGUUAUAGCUAAUGUUGUAUCUAAUAGAGUAUUAUUAUUGUAUAUUAAGUUAGUUAUUCAGACACGGGAUAUUUGUGUUUUAAAAACCACCAUUUAGGUCCCCAUAAGGUUAGUAAUGCAGUUAGUAGCACUAAAUUGAUCAGAAUUGUUGUAGGGUGACAGACUUCUUAAAAGAUGUCUUUUUAAACUCUACUGUUUAGAAAAGAUUAUAAAGUUACUUUAGGUGUUAGAUCUGAAGUUUGUAGGAGCUGAAUCUGUCUGAAAAACCGCCAUGGCAAAAAUCUUUUUAUUUAUCCAAAGAUUGUGAACUGUACCUAUUUUAUGUUUAUGUAUUUUUAUUUUGUAGGUAUGGUAUUCCUGUUUUAAUACUGUGACAAGGUAAAGAAAUAGCACAAGUACUGUCCCUAUCAGAAGUCAUAAUUGUAUAUACAUUAAUUAGUAAUAAAUAACAUACAUGAAACAACUGUUUAAUUAUAUAGUAAGUAAUAUACUGUUUUAAGUUUUAAUUACAAUUGAUUUUAUUUUCAUCCGAUGAAUAUUAUCAUGAUUAUGCAAUCUAUUAAAUAAUUAUGCAUGCAUUUAAGAAAAUAUGAAUAAAUAUAAGAAUUCUGUACUUAAAAGUGUAGUUAGGUAUUAUAAAUGAUUGUAAAAACUAUUAGACUUUCAAAAAACACUUUCUUGGUCUUUGCUUUCAGAAUUAAAAAUUAGCAUUCAUGAUAAUAGUUCACCUGGUUCAUUCAGUAUUGCACAAAACCAACAAUUUUAUAAUAAUAAUUCAAACUAAAUGCAUGAGAAUUAAAUAAUUUUAAUUUUUUACAUAUUAAACACAACUCAUUACGCAAAUAGAAAUAUGUAAAUAUUUAUCUGCAAUAAAUGUUGUCCAAUCCUUA